AUGGCGAGUGGCAGCUUAAGCUCGGCACGCGCUCUUGUCGCAGGGGCUAGCUUGGCUGAAAGUGUGAGCACCGGGCGCGGGGAAUGGCGAUGGCGCCGGCAACGCGAGCUCCUGGCGGCGCAGCCGCUACCCGCUUGGUCUCUAAGAGCGGCUUCUCGGCGCCGUCUCCCGUUCGGCCGCCACGCCGCGCCGGCGGGGGGAACAGGGCCGCGCUCCUCUGCGUCGCGGCGAGGAGCGGGCGGCGGGACGGUUGGCCGGGCGCCGACUCCUCCGGGGGCGGCGGCCGGCUGGUGGACGCGGACAUGGCGACGCUGCGGCGGCGCAUCCGCGAGGCGCGGGCGGAGUCGGCGGAAGAGGAUGGCAUUGACGCCGACGACGAGUCCGGCGCCGGCGGCGGCCUCCCGCUCCCGGCAGAGUGGACGGAGCUGGAGCGGCGGCACCACGGGAGCUACGUGGCCGGCGUGCGCGGCGCGGUCGGCCUCCUCGAGGCGCUCGUGAGCGCGAGGCCGGGGCUCGGGGCCGGCGUGCUGGCGAUGCUGCUGCUCAGCGUGCCGGCGUCACUGUUCCUCGUGUGCGCGCAGCUGAUCAGACACUGAUCCCGUCUGGUGUAUGGUCGUAUGGACAAAUGCAGCUCUAGGUGAGCCGAGCAUGGUAGGACAUUUCGGC